AAUAGAACCAAGGCAAAUCCAAAAUUAUGAUUUAACGCUCUAGUCCUAGCCAUCCCACCCUUACCCCUUGAUCAUGGUGAAUGUGCCUCCGCCCGCAUCUUCUACACUAAACAAGAACCCCUCCGCCUCCUCUUCAUCUUCCUCCUCUGCCAAGAUGCCUGAACGCAAUAGAAAUCAACAAGUCGCUGGCUCUGGUCGUUUCCAACAAAAGGAAAAAGUAGUAGCCGCCAGCUCCACGGGAACCUCUCGCGACGCUCUGCCAGCUGGUCGCAACCUCCAACUCACCCGUGAACGCAUCCUACAGCGCUUAAAUCGAGUAAUCGAUCGCGUUGUGCCUAAGACCGUUCGUGAUUGGCGCAUGUACAACCCUCAGCAGCAUUCUAGAACUACGCCUUUGCCAUCUCCUUCUGCAGCCAUGCUUUUUGGAAUACAACAGCCUCAAAGUGUGAUGGUGCAGCCUCCAUCUAGAAGUGUUGGGCCUUCACCUCAAUACGCUCCUGGUCAAGAACAACAGCAUCCGCAUAUUAUCGCAGCCCCUUCAACGAGGACAUCUCCUACUUCGAGCUCAGGUAUGAUGCCACCACCUCAUCUUCCACACGGAGCUGGUGUCAGCACUGUCAACAGUAGAAGUAUUGCACCUUCCCCAGGAGGAGUAAAUUCUUCGGCUUCUUUUUUAUGGUCAGCUUUUUGAUGUUUCCAUCAUUAUCGGCAACAUUUAGUGUCCCCUUUUGCCUUGUGUUAUUCCUACGAAAAGAUACAAGGGUAGGAAUAAAGGGGUCGAGAUGAGGGGACCAAGAUGCAAUCUAGCAGACUCUAACUUUUCUUCACUAUCAUCAACCUGUGCCGGGUCCUUCCGAACUGCUCUCGCUGGAGGAAAUUUUGUUGCUGAUUUUCGCUGCAAGAGAAGC